AUGUACAACUUUGAGGAAGAACUCGGUCGCGGUCACUUUUCCAUCGUCAAAAAGGCCCAACACGUUUUGUCCAAGGACAUGGUGGCUGUGAAGAUUAUUGACAAAACCACGCUCCAAGAUGAUGAACUCGACCAUCUUCACCACGAGGUGCGCGUGAUGAAGCUCAUCCGCCACCCGCACGUCAUUCGUCUCUACCAGGUCUGCAACACCAACACUAAGCUUUAUCUCAUUCUUGAGCUUGGCGAGGGUGGCGACCUUUACGAAUACCUCACCAAGAAUGGCAAGAUGGAUGAACCCCGCGCCCAGCGGCUGUUUCGUCAGAUUGCCGAAGCCGUUGCCUUUUGCCACCAGCACCACAUUGCUCAUCGCGACCUCAAACCCGAAAAUUGCGUGUUUGCCACCCGCAAACACGAAGAAGAGGAAGAGACAAUCAAGGUGACCGACUUUGGCCUUUCGAACGACUUCAAGCCCGGCGAGAAGAUGAAAACCGCCUGUGGCUCCCUCUGCUACUCGUGUCCCGAAGUGCUGCUCCAGGAACCAUACGAUGGACCUUUGGCUGAUAUCUGGAGCCUCGGCGUCAUCCUCUUUAUGAUGGUCACCGGCCGCUUACCCUUUCAGGAACCCAACGACUAUCAGACCAUCACAAAGAUUGUCGAUGUCAAGUUUGAGAUUCCAGCCUUUGUCUCCAAUGAAUGUAAAGAUCUCAUCUCCCGUCUUUUGGUCAAGGAACCGUCGGAUCGCAUCUCCCUGGCUGAGAUCUUGGCGCACCCUUGGUUAGAGGGCGUCGUCAUCAACUUGCCCUCAGCUACCCCUUAUGCCAACGGUCGCCCCGUCAUCUCUGACGAGCAGCACGAACGCAUCUUGGCUACCAUGAGCGCCGCCGGACUCGACCCCACAAAGGUCACCGCCGCCUUGGACAAUCGCUCCUACGAUUACUUGGCUUCCACCUACUUUCUUCUGGCCGAGCGCGAGCGCCCUUCCUUUCCGGUUUUAAUUUUUUGAUUUUUCCUUCAAUGUAUGAGAGUCUCAUCCUCUUUCUCUACCUCCCUUACAACUGGCCGUUUUGGUGGUCCGACCGCAUUCGUUUCUGGUCCUUGGGCGAAUGUUUUUUUUUUUUGAAAGACCUUACGCUAGCACUUUUUCUUACCGAAUUGACGAGUGCACCUCG